AUGACUCGAGUACUUCUAACUGGUGGAUCAGGCUUCAUUGCCGCUCACAUUCUUGAGAGCUUGCUGGAGCAUGGCUACUCAGUGUUGACUACUGUUCGCUCUGCGCAGAAGGGUCAACAGAUCUUAGACUCGCACAAGCAAUACGGCAAAGACAAGCUUGACUUCGUCGUUGUUGAAGAUAUCGAAAAACCUGGAGCUUUCGAUUCCGCCGUGGUAUCGGACCCACCGUUGGAUGCAGUCGUCCAUUGCGCCAGUCCAUACCACUUCAACGCCAAAACACGUGAUGAGAUUCAACAACUUCUCAGCACAGCUAUCAACGGAACAACCGGUAUCCUCAAGGCCGUCAAGGCUCAUGCCCCUACGGUGAAGCGUGUGGUGAUCACCUCUUCAUACGCGGCCAUGGUCGACUAUGGCAAGCCAAUGACACAUGUCUAUACCGAAGCGGAUUGGAACCCAAUCACUGAGGAACAGGCUUAUUCGAGCGCCCCGUUCGCUUACUUAGCAAGUAAGACCUUUUCCGAGAAGGCAGCCUGGGACUUCGUGAAGGAGGAGAAGCCUGGGUUCUCUCUUACCACCAUCAACCCACCCAUGGUCUAUGGCCCCGUUAUCCACGCGCUGUCUUCACUCGACUCGAUUAACACGAGCAACGCUCGCUUCGUCAGCCUGCUCAAAGGCAGCCCCUCUACCCCAUGCCCCCCCACUGUAAACUAUCUUUUCGUGGACGUGCGGGACCUGGCCGUCGCUCACGUUCGUGCUUUGGAGAAGCCGGAGGCCGCGGGACAGCGCUUCUUAGUUACUGCCGGAAACUACAGUAACGCCGAAGCUGCUCAGAUCAUAGGCGAGGAAUAUCCCGAGUACAAGGAUAGAAUGCCAGUUGGCGAGGCCUUGAAACCUGGCGAGAGACCGGCAACAGGGGUGAAUGGAUAUGACAACACGAAGAGCAUUGAAGUUCUCGGCAUGAAGUAUAGGCCGUUCAGGGAAUCUGUCGUGGGUGUAGUGGAGAGUAUCAAGCACCUGUUGUAA